AAAACAUUUCCGACUCCUAUACGCAAGGGGGAGUGCGUCUGUUUUACACUUACAGAUGGUGCAGAAUUUUUGACAGCAGUCUACAAAAAAACAUGUCUGCUAAGGGGGAUAGUAGUGCCGUUUUGUCGUAUCUUAGCGGCUUAACGCUGCUGAAGCAGGGCGCCGAAGCCCGUGUUUACCGCGGACAGUUUUUAGGGAAAGCGGUAAUAGUGAAGGAAAGAUUCUCGAAGUCGUACCGUCACCCAGCUCUAGACGAGAAGCUGACGCACCGCAGGAGCGUGCAGGAGGUGCGCUCCAUACUUCGCUGCAGAAAAGCAGGGAUUUUGACACCUGUUGUCUAUUUUGUUGAUUAUGUAUCUCACUGCAUUUUUCUUGAAGAAAUUGUGGGAUCAGUUACAGUCAGAGAUCACAUAAAUUCCACCAAGCUGUCUGAAGCAGGCAAUGAACGCCUUAAGCUACUGGCCGAAAAGAUGGGCCAGAUCCUUGCGAAGAUGCAUGAUGAAGAUGUGAUCCAUGGAGAUCUGACAACAUCUAACAUGCUUUUGAGGAAAGGAUCUGAGGACAGAGAACCAGAUUUGUGGCUAAUUGACUUUGGACUGAGCUACAUUUCUUCUUUGCCAGAGGACAAAGGAGUUGACCUGUAUGUGCUGGAGAAGGCAUUCCUUAGCACCCACCCAAACACAGAGACUUUAUUCCAGAUUUUGCUGAAGAGUUAUGUUGCUUCUUCAAAGAAGUCAUCCACUGUCAUCAGUAAACUGGAUGAAGUUAGACUAAGAGGAAGGAAAAGAUCAAUGGUUGGUUAAUAAGUAAGAAGUUUGUAAUUUGUGUGAUGCAAUUAUACAAUAAAGCAAUUUUCAAACUA